AUGCCUUCUCUCGGAAGAGCUCUGCUGCUCGCUGCGGCCAUGCCGCUGGCCAGCUUCGUCGGCGCCCAGAACAUUGUCGUCGACGGAGAAGCCAUUGAGGCCAACGAGGUCACCGUUGCCCCCGCCGCUGAGGAGUUCCCCGAGGCUGAGAUCCCGGAGGAGACUGUCCAGUUGACUGAUUCCGUGCUGGCCAACCUUACCCAGCUCGAGCUCAGCAACAUUUCGCUCUUUACCUUCCCUGACACUGAGGGCGUUGAGAAGCGCGCCCUCCCCAACAACAAGUGCAAGACCUUCCCUGGCGACUUGUUCUACCCCACUGAGCUCGUCUGGAAGGUCUUCAACCUUCUGACUGGCGGUGCUCUCAUCAAGACCGUCCCCCUUGGUGCUGCCUGCUACCAGGGUGAGCACUACGAUGCCGAGAAGUGCCAGUACCUCCUCGACAACUGGUCCAACUCUGAUACUCACGAUGAGGACCCUACCUCCGUCAUGUCCCCUAUCUACCAGGGCGCCACCUGCCAGCCCCAGAACGCCGCCAACAACCAGACCUGCGAGCUGGGCGGCUUCCCUCUCUACUCCGUCAAGGCCACCAACGUCGCCCAGAUCCAGCUUGCUAUCAACUUUGCUCGCAACCUCAACCUCCGUCUGGUUGUCCGCAACACUGGUCACGACUUCCUUGGCAAGAACACCGGUGCCGGUUCCUUGUCCAUCUGGACCCACAACCUGAAGGGCCUCAAGUUCAUCAAGAACUACGAGUCUGCUGGAGGCUACAAGGGCCCUGCUUUCAAGCUCGGUGCUGGUAUCCAGGUCUCUGAGCUGUACGAGGCUGCCAACAAGGAGGGUUACACCGCUGUCGGUGGCGAGUGCCGCUCCGUUGGUGUCACCGGUGGCUACCUCGCUGGUGGUGGUCACUCUCCCAUGAGCCCCGUCGCUGGUCUUGGCAGUGACCACAUCCUCUCCGUCGACAUCGUCACUCCCGAUGGCCGCCACGUCACCGCCGACGACAAGAACAACAGCGACCUCUUCUGGGCUGUCCGUGGUGGCGGUGGUUCUACCUGGGGUGUCGUCACCUCCAUGACCGUCCGCGUGUACCCCAAGAAGCAGUUCUCUGGACUCACCUGGAGCCUCAACACCGCCGAGAAGAACAUCUCCAGCACCGUCUUCUGGUCCGCCAUGGAGGCCUACUGGCGCCGCUUCCCCGACUUCUCCGCCAGCCACAGCUACGGCUACUCCACCCUCUUCCCCGCCGGCAACGGUGCCUUUCUCUGGAGCAUGCGCCCCUGGCUCGUGCCCGGCAUGGCUCUCGACGACUUCAAGGCUAUGGUCGCUCCUCUCUUCGAGGAGUGGGCUACUCUUGGCUUCAAGGUCGAGCCUGAGUACUUUGAGCACGACAACUUCUACGACACCUGGAAGAACCACUUCCCCAUGGAGAGUGUCGGCAGCGCCACCAUCCGCACUGCCUCUCGUCUCAUCCCCAAGGCUAACUGGGAGGACGCUGCUCUUCUUAACGAGACUAUGUCCACCCUGAGGGGCAUCAUCGAGGAGGGCUCCGCGCUGAUUCAGUACAACAUGAACGCCGCCGCCCCCGCCGAGACCACCGAGAGCGCUGCCAACCCCGCCUGGCGUGAGAACCUCAUGUUCGCCAUCAUUGGAGGCGGAUGGGCCGACACCGCCACCACCGAGGAGGUCAAGACUGCCAACGUCCGUAUCACCCAGGACUGGAUGGGCAGACUCCGCAAGAUCACCCCCGGCAGCGGUGGUUACGGCAACGAGGGAGACGUCAUGGAGCCCGACUUUGGCCAGGCCUUCUUCGGAUCCAACUACGCUCGUCUGGUUGAGCUCAAGAAGAAGAUUGACCCCUGGGGAGUGUUCUACGCCCCCACUGCUGUCGGCAGUGAGGACUGGUACAUUGCCCGCCAGAACGACUGGCUCACCCUCCAAACUGACCGUCUCUGCCGCAAGUAA